AUGGCUCUGGUUCAGUUCGGCUCGAUCAGGUGCGCUGACCUCCACCUCCUGGACAUGCUGAGUCCCAUGGAGAGGAAGCGUCAGGGCUACAUCCACGAGCUGAUCGUCACUGAGGAGAACUACGUGAACGACCUGCAGCUCGUCACAGAGAUUUUCCACAAACCUCUGUUGGACUGUGAGCUGCUGACGGAGAAGGAAGUCGCCAUGAUCUUCGUCAACUGGAAGGAGCUCAUCAUGUGCAACAUCAAACUGCUCAAAGCUCUGAGAGUGAGGAAGAAGAUGUCCGGAGAUCGGAUGCCGGUGAAGAUGAUCGGUGACAUCCUGACCAAUCAGCUGCCUCACAUGCAGCCCUACAUCAGGUUCUGCUCGUGUCAGCUGAACGGAGCGACGCUGAUCCAACAGAAAACAGACGACAACCCCGAGAUCAAAGAUUUCCUCAAGAGGUUGGCCAUGGACCCCAGGUGUAAGGGGAUGCCUCUGUCCAGUUUCCUGCUCAAACCCAUGCAGAGGGUCACACGCUACCCGCUCAUCAUCAAGAACACGUUAGAAAACACUCCGGAGUCACAUCCUGACCACAGUCACCUGAAGGCUGCUCUGGAGAAGGCAGAGGAGCUGUGUUCCCAGGUGAACGAGGGCGUCCGGGAGAAAGAGAACUCAGAUCGUCUGGAGUGGAUCCAGGCUCAUGUUCAGUGUGAAGGCCUGUCUGAGGUCACCAAACCUCUGGGCUCGUCCGGCUCCGACAAAGUCUUCUCGUCAAAAACCCACCUGCAGUAUCGGAUGUACAAGACGCCGAUCUUCCUGAACGAGGUGUUGGUGAAGCUGCCGACGGACCCGUCAGGAGACGAACCUCUGUUCCACAUCUCCCACAUCGACAGAGUUUACACGCUCAGGGCCGAGAGCAUCAACGAGCGGACGGCAUGGGUCCAGAAAAUUAAGGCGGCGUCAGAACUCUUCAUCGAGACAGAGAAGAAGAAGAGAGAGAAGGCGUAUCUAGUUCGCUCUCAGAGAGCUACGGGGAUCGGUCGGCUGAUGGUCAACAUCGUGGAGGGAAUCGAGCUCAAACCCUGUCGCUCUCACGGUAAAAGUAAUCCAUACUGUGAGGUGACCAUGGGCUCCCAGUGCCAUAUCACCAAGACGCUACAGGACACGUUGAAUCCGAAGUGGAACUCCAACUGUCAGUUUUUUAUAAAGGACCUGGAGCAGGACGUCCUCUGCGUCACCGUGUUCGAACGAGACCAGUUCUCCCCCGACGACUUCCUGGGCAGGACAGAGAUCCGGUUGGCUGAAAUAAAGAAAGAUCAGGGCUCUAAAGGACCAAUCACGAAGCGGUUGCUACUGCACGAGGUUCCCACAGGAGAGAUUGUCGUCAGACUGGACCUCCAGCUGUUUGAAGAACCUUAAACCCAGAACAGGAUCAACAUGGACCGGACUCCGUGACCAGGAAGCGGGGCUGGAUUGGACUGGACUGGAUCGUCUUUGUCUGGUUCAGUUUCUUAGAUCAGACGAGGAAACAUUUCUAUUAUUGUCAUUUCACAGUUGAAUAUUUAAUUUCUAGUUUCUGAAAAAAUGUUCUGAAGAGUCUUAAAAAGCUUCAGACUCAGUUUCAUCUCUUAAAGAAGAUUUAACACGUGAGACAGAUGGAUUAUGAUGCAGGCGUCUUUUUUUUUCAUCCAUAUUAAAUUCUCUGUCAUUAUUUAUGCUGCUGGAACCUGGAGCUCAGACACUGGACAGUCGUUGUCAGUUUGUUUUUAAUUAUUAAUAUUAUGUAUUUUUGGACUUUAACAAAAGCAGCAAAGGGCCGAGUCGGACUCGAACCCACGGCGUCUGCAGGAGGACUCAAUCAAAAAGCAAGAGACGAUAUUAAUAUUGUACCUAACCUCGUGGUUCUGAAGGUUCUGAAGGUUCUGAAUCUCUUAAAAUCUACAUUCCAGGCCACAGAAGUCUUACACACUAAACAUGUCCACGUCUUAAAUAGUUUUACUGCUCUUUAAAAUGAUUGUAUGAGAGGAGAGCUCCAAGACCAGGUCCAGUCCAGUCCAGUCCAGUCCAGUCCAGUCCAGUCCAGCUCAGUGUCACUACAGUAUCUGAUCCAGUCGUCUGUCGGAGAUCGGCCGGGUCCUGGUUUCUCUCCUUUUGCGUCAUCAGACAGACUCUCCAGUGACAAUCCCUCCUGCUUUGUCCCCUACACCCCCCCGAAACCCCUGUGUGUGUGUGUGUGUGUGUGUGUGUGUGUGUGU